UUGAAAGAUACAUCGCUGACUACUUAACUCAAUAGUAAGCGUAAAAUACCAGAAGACAACUACAACAAUGACCAUUGCUUGUUUUUAAAGUUGAAGGUCUAAACUAAACUAGUUUAAACUAAAAAGUGAUACAAUGGCUAGUUAUACAUGUCUUUACCUUCUGUUAAUAGUUUGCAUACUUUUGAUGAUUACUGAAGCAUCAUUAAGAAAACCUUCAAUUAAUCUUCCUGACUGGAGGGCACAUGCAGAUUAUAUUACAACCUGUGAUUUUGACAGUGAUCAGUCGCCAUUCUGUGACUGGAAUGCACAUGGGUUAAUCAGAAGCCAAGCGGGUCAUGAGAAUUUCUACCUCUCAAGAGAUCCAAUGAGUGCUGAAACUUGGCUAAAGACUGAGGCUCUACAUCUUUCUGGAGACAUUUGUCUUGAAUUCUGGUAUUACAAACCAGGGAAUGACAGCUCAGAACUGAGGGUCCUGCUAAGUGAUGAUGAUCUCCUAACACAAAUCUGGACCUCUCUGCAAACCAAGGGCCACUUCUGGAGUCAGGUGCUCAUUCCACUGAGUUACUCAGAGAUUUCUGUCAAGAUUAUUUUUGAACUUAUAAAAAGACAAGGAAUGAAAGAAACUGUCUUUGACAGGAUUGGAGUACAGCGGGGACAGUGUGAAUCUCAGUGUCAGACAGGCACUCGUUUCAGGACAGAUGAAUCCACCGAGUGCACUUGUAUUGAAAAUCAGCUGACCUGUGCCCAAAUUGCCUGUGAGGAUGGUCAGCCCUGCAGUAAGACAAUGCAAUCCAAACAGUCAAGUGAUUCAUUCACAUCUGGCAUCUGCACAGUUACAAGUGACCUGCAAUACACCACAUUUGAUGGGGUCAAAUCCUGUUUCAUGGGUCAUUGUACCCAUGUACUGACAGAGUUGUGCGAUGAGAGUGGAUUGCUUCCAGAUUUUUUACUAGAGGUGAAGAAUGAGCAAAUAGGCAAAUCAUUUAAAUUCCAAAUGCAGCAGGUUAAUCUGAAAAUACAAAAUCUAAGAGUUAUGCUGCCAAGAAGAAACAAAAGAAAAAUAAUGGUAAAUGGGAUUUGGAGAAAUCUUCCUCUGAGUUUAGAUAAAAACUCAAUAAAAAUAAGUGGCCAUGGACCAGCUGUGAUGCUUCAGACAAACUUCAACCUGUCCAUUUCCUUUGCCAAAUCUGGUGCCCUUCAGGUCACCAUACCUAGCCAGUAUUCAGACAAACUCUGUGGCAUGUGUGGCAACUUUAACAAUGUAAUGGAUGAUGAUAAGAACAUGCCAGACAAAUAUCUGGUCAAGGACACCCAGAUUCCGGGGCAGAGGCCCAAUUACCCAUGCCAAGACCCCACUGUACAAAGCAUGUGUACAGAAAUGGAGGAGAUGGAAUAUUCAAACAAAAUGUUCUGUGGAGUUCUGCUCUCCCAAAAUGGCCCCUUCUCUGAGUGUUCAUCUUUUCUUGAUGCAUCAAGCCUCUUCAGGAGCUGUAUAUCCAAGAUGUGUAUCACUAAAGGAGAUCGAGAUGUUUUUUGUGAUGUCCUGAAGGCAGUUGAAAAGUCCUGCAGUGAGGUUGGAUUUUUUGUGACUGGCUGGAGAACUGCAACUCACUGUUCUCUAGUUUGUGGUUCUAACAGCCACUAUAAUGCCUGCUCCAGAGAUCACCCUGCCACUUGCUCUAUCCUGGAUGCUACAGAGGAUUAUGGAAGAUGUCAAGAGAGAUGCGACUGUGAUGACGGUUUCCUGCUAAGUGGAGGAAGCUGUGUACCUGUUGAAGAAUGUGGGUGCUGGGUGGAUGGACAACACUAUAAGAGGAGAGAGACAUUUAUGGAAGGUGACUGUGAGAAGCUGUGCACAUGUGCAGGCCAUGGCAAUAUUGAGUGUUCAGCUACUUACUGUCUGGCCAGUGACGUCUGUAAAGUCAAAAAUGGGGCAGUAGGAUGCUUUCCUUCAAGCCCAGUGACCUGCACAGUUUAUGGGGAUACUCAUUACAUCACCUUUGACGGCAAAGCCUAUUCAUUCCAGGGAACCUGCAACUAUACCAUUGCUAAAACAUGCAUUGCUGAUGCAGUUCAGUUCACACUAACAGUGAGGAAUGAGGGGCUAAGAAAUUAUACAUCUUCAUCUCUGAACUCUGUGGCUCUGGUUGUGGAUGGAUUUCACCUUGCAAUUAGAAAAAAUAAUCUGGUUUAUGUGAAUGGAGGUCAAAUUACUCUUCCUUUUUUACACAGCAACUCAGUGAGAGUGUCCAAAAUAGGUCCUUAUGUGAUAGUGGAAACAAACUUUGGUUUGAGAUUCCUAUUUAAUGGAAAUGACCGGCUCUUUGUGCAGGUAGAUGAGAGGCACAAGGGCAGGAUGUGCGGCCUAUGUGGCACCUACUCAGGAAGCCAGUUUGAUGACUUCUUGACACCUGAAGGCAGUAUAGUGCCAUAUCCACAUGACUUUGCUAAUAGUUGGAAUACUCAUGACACAGGCUGGCCAUGUGUUAAUAGUUCUCAAAUUCAACCCGAAUGUUCACCUGAGUUGGAGAGCAAGGGAUUUCUGGAGUGUAGUAAGCUGUUUGGAGAUGCCUUUAAAGCCUGCCACUGGUUCGUGCCUCCUCAGGUCUUUGUGAAUAGCUGUGUACAAGACUAUUGCACCUCAAGGGGGGAUCAGACCCAGCUAUGCACUUCUUUAAAAAAUUACGUGGCGGCCUGUGAAGUGUCUGAGGUGUUUUUGGGAGACUGGUGGAAGGACACAGUCUGUGAUAUUCCAACUAAACCACCAGUGACAGAACCAACCACCUCAACACCAUCACAACCCACUACCUCAAAUUUAAAACCAAGUUGUCCAUGGAGCUGCAACUUUGACUGGGAUGAAUGUGGAUGGGAACAGUUAAUCCAGGAUAGUUUUGAUUGGACAAGAUUUUCUGGACCAACACCAUCCAAUUUCACUGGCCCAACCAGUGACCACACUACAGGAGGUGGCUUUUACAUGUAUAUUGAGGGUGAUGAUGUCUACCAUGGUGAUUCAGCACGAAUGAUGAGUCCAAUAUGCAAUACUUUGGGCACCCAGUGCAUGACCUUCUGGUAUCACAUGUAUGGUUGGGCAUCAUCCAUGUUUCUUAAUGUUUACAUGUUGGAAGAGAACCGUGCCACAAAAAUAUGGUCUAAAACAAAUAGUCAGGGCAACCACUGGCACCUAGCCCAAACUGAGAUCAACCCAAUGGGACAAUUCCAGAUUAUUGUGGAAGGCAUUAGGGGUUCAAAUGCUCUGUCAGAUGUGGCAUUGGAUGAUGUUACCAUAGUGCAUGGAAAAUGUGGUGCAGUUAGCGUGAUGCCAGAACAUGACAUAUCAUUGCCAACCAGUGGAAACCUAUCUAUUUCUACCCCAGUGUGCAGAGUCAACUGCAAUUUUGACAACAAUCUUUGCAUGUGGACACAACUGGUAACAGAUGUUUUUGAUUGGACAAGACACAGUGGUUCCACCCCUACGUCAAUGACUGGGCCAUUUUCUGAUCAUACAACAGGAACUGGUUACUACCUGUACAUUGAGGGUGACAGUGCCACUCAUGGAGACACAGCACGUCUUCUAAGUGAGGAAUGCUCUGAUGUACAACCUCAGUGUCUACAGUUCUGGUACCACAUGUAUGGCUCCAGCUGGACUAUGGGUCUAACUGUCUAUCUUUUGUAUGGAAAUGUGGCCCAGGAGAUCUGGAGAAAAAAUGAAAACCAGGGGAAUGUCUGGCAUCAGGCUAUAGUAGAUAUUACACCACAAGGCAAAUUCAAGAUUUUAUUUGAAGGACGCAGAGGAGACAAUGCCAGGUCAGAUGUGGCUUUGGACGAUGUCACUAUACACAGAGGACCUUGUGCAGAUUUAAUAAAUCAUCAGACUUUAUCACCUGCACCUGUAAAGCCAACAAUAAUCAGCACCAACCCAACUACAAAAUCUGCAUUCUCACCUGUGUGCACAUUCAACUGCAAUUUUGACAGCAACCUGUGCACAUGGAGUCAGUUAGCAACUGAUGUUUUUGACUGGAUGAGGCACAGUGGUCCAACAACCACAGCAAUGACUGGUCCAUCAUCUGAUCACACAACAGGAACUGGUUACUACCUGUACAUUGAGGGUGACAGUGCGUCUCAUGGAGACACAGCACGUCUCCUCAGUGAGGAAUGCUCUGAUGCAGUACCCCAGUGUCUGCAGUUCUGGUAUCACAUGUAUGGCUCCAGCUGGACUAUGGGUCUGACUGUCUAUCUUUUGUAUGGAAAUGUGGCCCAGGAGAUCUGGAGAAAAAGAGAAAACCAGGGGAAUGUCUGGCAUCAGGUUUUAGUGGACAUUACACCACAAGACAAAUUCAAUAUUGUAUUUGAAGGUCGCAGAGGAGACAGUGCUAGGUCAGAUGUUGCUCUAGAUGAUGUCACUAUACAAAGAGGACGCUGUUCAGAUUUAAUAAACCAUCAGACAGUUUCAACUGCACCUGUAAAAUCAACCUUAAACAGUACAGGCACCAGCUCCACAACAAAAUCUGCAUUCUCGCCUGUGUGCACAUUAAACUGCAAUUUUGACAGCAACCUGUGCACAUGGAGUCAGUUAGCAACUGAUGUUUUUGACUGGACAAGACUCAGUGGUCCAACACCCACAGCAAUGACUGGUCCAUCAACUGAUCACACAACAGGAACUGGUUACUACCUGUACAUUGAGGGUGACGGUGCCACCCAUGGAGACACAGCACGUCUCCUAAGUGAGGAAUGCUCUGAUGUACACCCUCAAUGUCUGCAGUUCUGGUACCACAUGUAUGGCACCAGCUGGACUAUGGGUUUAAGUGUCUAUCUCUUGCAUGGGAAUGUGGCCCAGGAGGUCUGGAAAAGGAGAGAAAACCAGGGGGAUGUUUGGAUUCAGGCUUUAGUGGACAUCACACCCCAUGGCAAAUUCAGGAUUUUAUUUGAAGGACGCAGAGGACACAAUGCUAGGUCAGAUGUGGCUGUGGAUGACAUUCUUUUCCAUAGAGGAACCUGUGCAGAUUUAAUGAAGCAUUGGGUGGGUUCACCUGCACCAGAAUAAUCUCUACAGUCUGCAAUAAAUCUUCAACUUCAUUGCCUCUUAAAUAAACUAUGACAAAUUACAGCGCCGGACCAUAAUAUUACACCUGUCUCAGUCUCCUAUCAGUCUCAGAUUUUGAUUUAAUUAAAAAUCACUUUUUGUACGUUGGUCUAGAUAAUUGCAUCUGCCAAAUGCCUAAUGGUAAAUGUAAAAUAAUUCUUAACUAAUUACUAAUUAAUAAUCUAACCCUUUUUGUAAUUAAUACUUGUGAUUAUCUAGUGAAUGAUUAUUAAUAUUUACUUACUGUACUUAAUUUUGUUUAAAAUAACAGCAUUUUAUUUUCUUUCCUAUGAUCUUUCGA